UUUAAAGGGGGCAAAGUUCACGUUACCAUCGACUGCCAAACUGCUAGCUAACAGUUAGCCCUUUGAAGCCCUUUUCCAAGCGCCGGAAAACCUCUCUGGACUUUAAUUGUUAUUGUAGAAAAAAGUUUUUAGUGUUCAUGGCGUUGUGUUAUUUUACGUUUUGUUUGUACUUGUGACUGUGCUAUUUAGUGAACUUUUUGAGAGAUUAUGCAUCUUUCCUACCCAACAAGCCUAGAGAAUUCAGGAGUUUAACGCUUAAGGAAAUCAUAAAAUAUUUUACGAUGGCCGAAAUAUCCACCAACAUUUGUCUGCCACAGCAGAAGCCUCCAUCUUCACCAGCAAGGACGUUAAAUUUUUCAAUAGCAAAAAUCAUGGAACCGGAUACUAAAUUAAGAAAAUCGGAUCCCGAACGAGGAAAGGAUAAUAUACUUAAUCUACCCCAGAGCUCGGCAUUCGAAUCAGCCUUUAAAAAAUAUGUUCCCAAUGUACUUCGUUCCCCAGAUUUUCUACAGAAUUACCCUUUAGUCUAUUAUCACCCUAGUCAACUGAUGUUAGGAUCAGUAUCUGUGUACAGUUCGUCAGUAGUCCCAGAACCUUCCGAACAAACUGGUAGCAGUCCUUCAGUGAAUCCUUUAUCCCUCCACUUUAACCAAGUUAAAACAAGUCCUGUUGCAGUACAGUCAAAAACUACGUCCUCUUCGAAUGUGAGUUCACCCGUGUUAACACCGAAGCAGAAAAGUUUUGAAUGUGGAGAAUGUGGGAAAGUCUUCAAUGCUCAUUACAACCUUACUAGGCAUAUGCCGGUCCAUACAGGAGCUAGACCUUUCGUCUGUAAGAUUUGCGGGAAAGGUUUUAGGCAGGCAUCCACACUCUGUAGGCACAAAAUUAUCCACACAUCUGAGAAACCUCACAAAUGUCAUACAUGUGGAAAAGCCUUUAAUAGGUCUUCAACACUUAACACGCAUGCGCGUAUACAUGCUGGAUACAAACCUUUCAUCUGUGAGUUUUGUGGAAAGGGUUUCCAUCAAAAAGGAAACUACAAGAACCAUAAACUCACGCAUAGUGGAGAAAAAGCUUAUAAAUGUUCUGUAUGUUCCAAAGCCUUUCACCAAAUUUACAACCUCACUUUUCAUAUGCACACGCACAAUGAUAAGAAGCCUUUCACUUGCAGAGUCUGUGGGAAAGGCUUUUGCCGAAAUUUCGAUUUAAAAAAGCACAUGAGGAAACUGCAUGAAAAUAGUGGAAAUUGUAUUGAAUCGGAUUGUAUAUCGAGCACUUCACAAGGACCAACAAAUACUUCGUAUUCAGCUGAUAGGAAUAUUCAUCACUUCAUCAGUCCCUUCAUCCGGCCUCCUAUGACUGUCCCUGUAUAUUCAUCAAAAUUAUUGUGACCUUCAUAUUAAGUGUAUGUACAAUAUUUAUAAAAUACGUCAUAGAAUAUUUUGUAAUUUUAAAGUUUGCGUUUUUUCACAAGUAUAUUUGUACAUUUAGUAAAACAUGAAAAGAAAAAUUUUUAUAUGCGCAAUUUAACGUUUGCUUCUGUAAUUAUGCACAAUUAAGAAAACCAUCAAGACCAAAUUUAACUAUGGCCCCAAAAAAGAUUCAAAAAAGUCCAAAACAUCGAUUCACCAAGAAUGUGAAGAUCUGGAUUUACCAAGAAAUGUAGCUGAGAUAAUUUUGAAAAAAAAAUGUUUAUUAACACUUUUUGUGUAGAAUGAACCGUUCUCUCAGAAACAACGCUUAAAGCGACCAUCGAUUUUGAAUGUCAGUUGCGCGCGCGAAAUCAAUUUUUUAAAUAAUUUUUUUUUAAACUCGACAGUAACAAUUCGUUAUUUUUUAUCAGAGUAUCAAAUCAGCAAAAAUCGACACUUUAAAGGUGAAGAGCAGGGCCGUAAGUACGAUGUUGGGGGCCCCGGGGCAAACCUGAUGUGGGGCCCUAACGGUGGCUCUCAUGGGUUUACCCCCAGAGGAAGGGGGGGGGGUAAACCCCCAUCCCUCAUCUGGAAAAUGUUUUACGAAGUUGAUUGCUUCGUUUUGAAGGUCUUGUUCGUUGUUCGUUUGCAUUUAAAAUAAAAUCACGUUGAAAAAUUCUGUACGUAUCUAACACUGCUUUCAUUCCUUGAAAGCGAGUGUCUAGCUGAUGGCAUAAUGUGUCGAUCAUUGAGUAAAACACGGUUACUCUAAAUCAUGACUUGGUAUCUUGAAAUCUUUCAUCUUCGCAAAGUUCAUCGAAAUGGUUUUUCUUUUGCAUUCUUUUUUGAGCGUCUUUUGCAUUCUUUUUGGAGCGAACCCUACUGGUAUUCCCCAACGUUGACACAUAUUUGAAGGCAUUUUAAAGAAGGUUUCAAAUUGCCCUCUCAUUUCAAUUAGAGGCUCUCUUCAAGUAAACUGUAAGCAGUUAAAAGGUCCAAAGAUUUUGAUUGCAGUGUUUUCGAGACUAUGUUGAAGGUUUCAAGGAUUUUAUUUUACACAACUAGUAACAAAACAAAUUUGAAUGAUUCUAGUUUCUUUUUUCAGUUGUGCUGCUUCGUCUCUUUCAUUUCUUUUGUUACUUGUCAGAACUAGACUUGAAAGGCACUUUAAAAAAUGGCAAAAUAUGUGUUUCAAUGUAUUGACUGCAUCAAAUCUUCCAGCCCAGCGUGUUGGAUUGAGGGGUUUUAGAGUCACUUUUGAGGAAUAUCUUUGAGAUUGGUAUGAAGACUUUUCAG